UCAUCUUACACACCAGAUGUUUUCUAUAGUUGCACAUAAUGCAAAUGGCAUAUUUUCUCAAUUUUGCUCGUCAUUAAAUAAUUGGGGAUAUUCUUCGUAUGCACCGGUCGGUGGUUUACGAGUGCGAACAUGUGUUCAUUAAUCCAAGAUAAAACACGAGUCCGGGUCAGUUCUGUGUUGAACUCUGAUGUGAAGCAAUUUGGUAAAAGUUUCCUCUUUGAUUGUCAGGAUGAUACUUGCUGGAAUUCAAGUGAGGGAACACCACAAUGGAUUCUUGUUGAUUUAGGUACUCAAGCCGAGAUUAAAGAGAUUGCUAUCAAUUUCCAAGGUGGGUUUGCUGGAAAAGACUGCUGGAUAGAAACGUCUCCAUCUAUUAAUUCUAAUGAAUUAAAAUAUCUUUGUAAAUUUUAUCCAGAAGAUGAUUCAACACUACAAAUUUUCCCAAUCAUCGAAUCACCGACAGCACAAUUGAUUAAAAUAGUGUUUAAUACAAGUACUGACUUUUACGGCCGAAUUAUUGUCUAUAAACUGGAUAUCAUUGGAGUUACCCAACAGAAAAGUGAUUGAAAUGUUCAGAGAAAUAAAUUGACAGCUGGAUUAUAUAAACUUUUAAAAGAUAUUUAAUCUGCCAUGCAAUAUUGGUUUGACUUCAUAGAACAAGCUACCAUAUUGGCUGAAAUCAUACUGAUUCAACCAAAACUACUGACACUACGUUAUUUUUGUGUUGCAAAACAAUGUAUUUCUUCUCCAUUAGGCUUGACUUGAAAAUGCAACAUUUUCAUCUGAUUAACAAUGACUAACAACAAUUCCUAAGUAUUCUGUUAUGAGAAUUUCAAUUUCAAAUGUACCAUGGACUGAUGUGUUAGUUUAAAGCACAAAGAUCAAGAAUUUGAUUUGAAUGACCUGUCAAAUAGUUCUACCUAUGAUGUUACUAUUUCUAGUAAUGACCAGAGCAGAAACAUACAUUUCCAGACACUUUGAUGAGGACCAGAAAAACUGUACAUUUGACUGGCAAGGAACAGCCUAUCAAUGUCUCACAAAUCAUUGGUUUGUAUAGCAUUGUUUUAUACUACUUUAUAAAUUAACACUGGACUUUUAAUGAAAAUUUCAAGAAGAUUACAUGUAAAUAUUACUACAGAAGGUAAUAACAAACCUGCAUAUAUAAAGAAAAUGAAAGUAUU